CCCCCAGAUCAUCCACUCGGGCCACUUCAUGGUCUCGUCGCCGCACAGCGAGCACCCGCCCAAGAAGGGCUACGACUUCGACACGGUCAACGAACAGACAUGCCAGACCUACCAGUUCGGGGCGGCCCGCGGCGGCGGCGGGGCCGGCGGGCGCCUCAGCAUCGACGCCUCCCUCACGAAGCUCUUCGAGUGCAUGUCCCUGGCCUACAGUGAACUUCAGGAUCCUCGCGGGCACUUUCCGUAGGCCUGAGCCCGCGGCGGGGAAGUGGCGCCUCAGCGCUCGCCGCGCUCGGUGUGGGGCGGGCGCAGCGGUUGUCACCGCGGCUGCACCGGGCGCGGGUUGGGGGCGUGAGGUGAAGCGGGAGCCCGUCCCCCGCGUGGGACGGAGCGCGGCCCCGCCGGCUCUUCGUGGCACUAGAAAAUGCUCCAGCGCCUCACGGCCAGGCUUGAAGUUAGUGGGAGCAUCUAGUGCUGAAGAGUGUCGGGAGAAACCCCGAAAGGGCACAGUAAACGUUUGUGCCACAGCCUGCGUGAAAAACAGACAACUCUUCUCUUUUUUUUUUGCUUUCCUCAGUUUAAUUUUUAUAAGAAAUUCAAGAAAGUGGGGUCUGUCAUUGUUUCCUUUGUUCCGGUGGUUGCAGCUGGUGGUAGCACUUCCUGGGUUUAUCUGCGCCUUUCGCCCAGACUUCGGGUUUGCUUUUCGUCUAUUUGUUAAGGUGUUAUAUUUGCAUUUACUCCCUUUGUCUGUCAUCUAAAAUGGAGGCAGAGCUAUGGAAUAGAAGUGUUUUGAAAAGAUGUGUGCCUGCUCGAGUCUUUUGUUCCAAGAGAUAUAGCAGAAAUCGGAUCCAAUCUGAUGUUCUCUAUUAAGCAUAUUUUGGAAGUUGAUUAAAAGGAAUGAUGGAAAACCCCUUUGAGCAUAUCAAUGCAAAUGUUUAUUUUCAUUUAUAGGAACCAUAUUAGCUUGCUAAAAGAAAAUUAACUUUGCCCACCCCAAAUUCCUCUAAGCAUUGCUUAAUGAAGAGGAAACAAUAAAACUAUCCGUUCUCUACGGUUAGUGGGAAAAUGUAAGUAAAAUCUUCUCAUUUUGGUAAAUUUUAUCAAGCAAGUUAUUCCUUACUGGCAAGAGAGCAAAUCUCAGGUAAGGUGCGCACAACAAUGGACAUGAAUUCUUUGUGUUCACACAAUAAAUAAAAGUGUAAAACUGGGGUAAAAAUUAACCAGUCUGCCUUUAUUGUACAAGCUGAGAGGAACAUGCAGAGGAACCACAAGUACUGCAAGGGAGAAAACUGCACUUCUCAUGCAUAUCUUCUCAUCGGCCUCUACCAGCUUUAUUUUGUGUUGUGCUUCCACCAAACUCUUUGGGAUUCUGAAACUGAGGAUCACAUCUAAUGUAAAGGAAUAAUUCUGUGAUACUAAUUUGAUAAUCCUGAACUCUGAUGUGGAUGCAUAAAUUGAGCACCAAAUCUAUUUUAGCAGAGAUUAUUUUGUCCUGCUUGUUGGUGGUAGUAUGAGGCAAGGUGCAAAAAAUAUCUUCUUAGAGCCUACUAAGAAAAGCAAAUUCUUAGUACUGUUGUACUCGGAUGCCUUAAGGUUUGCUUAGUUGCAAUGGUGAAACAUCCUGGCUGGAUUCAGCCUGCUUACUCAAUGGCUUUGUGAUAGAUUCUGUAAAUAUGCCUGACAAACCAAUAAUAAAAUUGGGAUGAAAAAGAAUUAAAGUAAUAUUGGAACUGUAUGACACCUGGGUAAACAGCAAAUGCCUUUUGUUCUGUGCUUCAGGAUUGAUUUGGGAAGAAUUAGUUGGCUUAUGGAGAUGUUUUCGUUGCUGUUGCUUCAGCUGUAUCUUUCCCAUUAGCUGAUCUAGCACUGACAAAACAUGCAGAUUUCAUCCUACCUUUGCUGGAUAGAAAUUCACUCUAGAAAAGAACUGAGGGGGUGGAAACCAGCACCAAAAACUGUAAAACUAAAAGGUGAAGAAGUGUGGGUCUUGCUUUGUGGCUGUUGCAGAAACAGCAAUGAGGGGCAUGAGCUAAGUCAUCGUGUUUCUGGAGCUGGGGUGAUGCAGCAAUGUUAACUACUAAACCAAGGAAGUUGCUGUAACAGCUCUGUGUGUAAUAUUUAUUUACACUUGACAGCCAUUGCUAGUAUUUCAGUCUUUAAAGUUGUAAAAAGAAGCACUGAACUGCGUGGUAUCCGUCAGCUUUACCAAUGGGCUAGAAAGCAAAGUUUUUCUAGAUUACUUGGGCCAUUACCUUGGAUGGUUUAUGUUUGACAGUGACCCAAUUUAUGCUGAAUCACGUUCAUGUUGGGAUGCACAGUGUAGCCUGGACUCUUAGUUGCACUGAAACUUCAUUUUUUUUUUUUAAAUAUGGCUUUGUGCUGUUAACUAUUCGACUUUUUAUGAUAAAAAAGCUGUUUCUGAACAUGAGGGAAGCGACUCUCUCGUACCUUUGAGCAAUACAAGCUAACUUGAUCUUAAUUUUCAUCAUAGCUGCUUCAGUCACAUAUCCAGUUGCACAGGUUGGAAAUCCUCAUUUCAGAGGAGCCAUUUCACGGGGGAAAAUAUGACCACAGCACAUUCUCCUGUACAGUUAGGAUAUUAAAACCAUGUUCUUUAUCAAUAAGUUACUUAUAAACACUGAGGUUUACAGCAGGUAUCACGCGGGCUGUGCUUUAUCUAAAUGUCACCCGUUUUUCUCAUGAGAUUGAUUACGGGAACUGUACCACGCUGACCAAGGUAAAAGAACUCAGGUUUUCCUUUUCUAGCCCUUUCUAUCUCAGCCCUUUAAAACAACGUGACCUUGCAGAUCCUGCUGUGUGUAGGUAGCUAUAGUUGACCUAUGGCAGCAGGGCACUUGAAAGCCAAAAAUCUGUUUUAAAAUGUGCUUUCUGAAAUGAGAAUUCUCUCUGCUGUUUGUUCUAAUGAGAAACCAUGCUAAUGGUUAUAUGGCCUACAGUGGUUAUUAAGCAGAAUUAAACCAAAUGAUUCGUAAUCUUGAUAUUUAGUCUAGUAAAACCAUUUAAUAACUUUACAAUUAUCCAAAUAAUUGCUUUAGCCAAAAGUAACUUCCCAAAACUGAACUGUAGUAUGAAUUGUUCUGACCGCAGCACAUAAUGAAGUUUUUUCCCUGAGAUGGGGUCAGAAGAACUUUUUCUCUUCAUUUUGGAGAGCUGUGGUGUUCAGUGAAAGAAUAAUGUUCGGCUCCUUGUGGAAUGCAGGCUGAAGGUUUAUGGGAAGUGAAAAUUACGCUUUACGGAAGGACACUGUAAACCAUUUGUUGUCCUAACGGGCUGGACUAUGGGGAUGUUGGACUUCCCUGUGGAAAGCUCUGCUUUGGGAACAAUGACGUACAGUUUGUUUAAGGUCCAAAACCUGAAAUAUGCACUUGGAAGUGCACAUCUGCACAUUCUGAACUCUGCGUGUGGAGCUCUGAAAAAUGUGUGCUAGGAAUCGGUGGCAUUGUGCGAGUUUAUCUGCAGGGUUUUGAUGCUGAGGUGGUGGAGGUAAAUCAUGCUGCAAGGACCUGUGUCACCAUUGCAGGGAGUAGGAAAUACAAUGUAUUACUCCUGGAAAAAGUAGAUUUAAAUCGAUACUUUAGUUAUUUUCUAUAGGUGUAAAAUGGGUAAGUGACAGUGCAGGCUUCAGUUUACUCACCCAGCGUGUCUUACCUGUGCCCUGCGAGGAAAUGAGAGGUUGAUGAGGCUCUGGGAUCAUGUAAAUCAUUAAUAAUGUGAAGGUUCCCCUUGUACAGUGCUGGGGAGGAGGUGUCUGCACUUGAAAGAAUGGUCUGGUCAGUCGUGUACAUCACGUGAACAGCGUGCAGCCUUCGCUUGAGGAAUUAUUAAAGAUACUACUCCCACUCAAUGUGGGUGAUGUUGUUCUUAAACUCCUGUUAUGUAUUAUUAUGCCAGUUGCUGUCCAUCUUACUCAGCAGUAGAAUACAGUAGGGUAAAUGAAGAUGACUUUGUGGGCUCGUUUGUUAUUAAGUACCCUCAGAGUGUUCUGACCUUCUAAUGAGUGCUUAAGGAACGUGCCAGGUGGUGUACUUUAGUAAGAGUGUCAAGAUUGGCGUCAAAUACUUGUCUAAACCCUCUGGAUCCUGCUUGUUAAAGUUGCACAGAACAGGAGAGCAGGGUCUGGGAACCGUGAUGAACACUACCUUUUGAAAAACUUGCCAGGUCAUUUUUAGGUCUCAUCUCUCCACUUUAGCAAUAUGACCCCAUCACUUCAUGUAGACGUAAGCCAAAAAUAUUCCCUUCAUCAGUGGACUGACAUUAGGGAUCAGCUUGUUUCCAAAGCACCUUUGCCACAUAUUCUUUGUUAAUACAGCGUGUGUUUUGGGAAGUUCUUAGCAGUGGGGAAAGCAGGUUUGAGAUUAAAAACCUCCAGAAUUUAGUUACGUAUUUUUGAUUCUGCUUGUGGAAACUGCUCUGAUAAAAACACCUAUAUUCAUGCUGUGAAUUAAGGCUGGCUGGAGCAGAGUUGCUGUGUUGUAAGUACCCAUGGUUAGGGUCAUCUCAAAGCAAGGAUGCUAUAUUCAGAGCGCAAUAUGAAUCAGGAUGUGGUUACUGAGCCUCUUACCUCGCUUAUGUCAAAUGCUUGAUACAGACACAAGCUUUUAAGCUCUGUAUAAGACACACUUUUAAAUUCCACCUUGACAACCUUGAACCUCAGGAAGAUUUGCAGAAAGAUUGCUGAGCUGUUCUAUUUUCAAUGACGCGUUUCUUUUGCCAAAGUAAACAUUUAAUAGCGAUAGUGUGAAAAGGCCUUGGUUGAAAUUAAGGUUUUGGUGUCUUCAGGGCUACGCUUGACUUACAGGAAGAAAAGCCAAAUUCUGUAGACAGAGAUUCAGAUUCUGCUUCUGGCUAUUUUGGUGGCUCUGCAGGUCACAAGCUUUUAGGGGUUCCUAUGGGCCUGGCUGUGUAGGCUGUUAGUACAGAGGUAUGGGGGGCAGUAGUCACAUUUUUCGUUAAAAAAAGCACAACGUUGAUAUUUUGAUUUACCAUUUAAUCUACAUGUUUUGUUGUAGUUCUCCUGUCUUGUGUUUUCACACAGCAAACAGCUGUUACUUGCUGGCUUAAAUACAACAUGGAUUUCAUAAUCAUAAUUUUUGAUGGGUUGCUGAAAUAGGGAAGAGGGAGCUGGUUUGUCCUCAGAUUGCCAGUUCACAAUGAAUUUUGCGUGCUCUGAAAAAAGCCUGGCUGAACUGUGAAAUUUGGGAUUCGUUUUAGUGAAAUUUUACGUUGCAUGAUUAUGAUGUGCUUUGAAUGCAGUAGACUUUGAUGGCAGCAGAAAUUAACACAUUGAUUUCCAGUUGUCUACCCCUUCCCCGUUUUAAUUUCUUUCUGCUGAGUGGCAAGAGGGAUUAAAGCCAAGAAAACCUGAAAUUCAUGUCUUAGCUUUACUCAUGUUUUUCCACAUGCUCGUUUAGUAGGUCACUGAAUCAUUCUUGAUUGUUACUCUCCCUUGCUGGAAAAGAAAAAAAUCCACUCUUUUGGAAGGCAGAAUUGAUACAUAGUCACUCCAGCAGCUGCUUAUCUGUCUGUGUAUCCUAAAGCUAUGAUUAGCCUUAAUCAAACAAAGGGGUAUCUAAUGGAGCAGCAAGCUGGAAAGUGGUGGGGAGGAAUAAAUGGCGCUUUUUAGCCGUAUUGGCUGGUGGCUGGGCAUUUCUGAAAUGUCAGAAAGGCGUUUUAAAUUUGCACAGAAGUUGACGGGCUUGAAGCAGAAAGCAAGCUCUCCAAGUUGUUUUGUGUAAGUGGAAUUUUUCCCCUAAUAACAGAACUCGGAGAUCUGUUGCAGAGAAGGAAGAGUUGAGAGGGCAAGGAGUGAGCUCACUGAAACUUGGAGUAAAAUUAAGAAGAUCUUUGAGGAAUGCAUUGAAUGAAUUAGAAGAGCCAAGAUAAAGCCACACAGUGGGCUGGAUGGUGUUGACAGGGGGUGUCACAGGGGUGGAAACAAGAAGGGGAAAGAAAAAAGAUACAGUGAAGUUCAAGUCAACCAAGUGACCUUUCAGCUGACUGGGUGGGUUUGAGCCGGGGUUACACACUGGCUGUGAGUGAGGAAAUGUUCAGCGGCAGGGUGGGAGGGAACGGCUGCAAGGAAAGUGAAGUCUCUGAGUGUGAUAGGGACCUUGUGGAGAAGAAAAGAGAUUGGAAAAAGGACUAAGGUGAAUGGAUAAUGAUGAGUUGGGGAGGAAAGAAGAUGCUGGUGCAGUGCUGUUCAGGGCAGGAGAAAGAGUGGAAAGCUGGUUUCACCAAAAUGGAAAAAUUUUAAAGGCUUGAAACUUCAGUGGAGAGACAAAAUCCGUCUCAAUAAUGCCAUCUGGAGGGCAUGGUACAUGCAGUACCUGGAGAAGCGCAAGAAUCCAGUGUGCCAUUUUGUGACUCCACUGGACGGCUCUGUUGAUGUAGAGGAACAUCGUCGGCCAGAGGCCAUUGCGACAGAAGGGAAAUACUGGAAACGAAGAAUUGAAAUAGUCAUCAGGGAAUACCACAAGUGGAGAACAUACUUCAAGAAAAGGUUACAGAAACAUAAAGAUGAAGAUCUUUCAAGUUUGGUCAGGGACGAUGAUGUGGUUCUCUGGCAAAAAAGAAGGUAUGGCAGAGAAACCCCUGUCCCUAUGGAGGAAGGCAGCCUCUUGGAUGCAGAUAUGCUUAUGUCCGAGUUCACUGACACGCUCUUCUCCACACUGUCUUCACAUCAGCUGGUUUCCUGGCCAAAUUCCAGGGACAUAGGACACUUAGGAAAUGCUGACAUGAUCCAACCAGGGCUUAUUCCUCUCCAGCCAAAUUUUGAUUUUAUGGAUACUUUUGAGCCUUUUCAGGAUUUGUUCACACCCAGUCGUUCCAGUAGUUAUUUCCCUUCUGUGUCUGCUGUCAGCUCAGGUACAACAGACAGCAGCAGCCAUUCUUCCCAGUCUCCUGUCCUGCCGUCGGGUUCGUUGCCCAGCCCGCUUCCAGCAGGCACCCUCGGUGACGGACUGAUUGCUUCCCCAGUACCUGCGCCCGUCAUUCCCAAUGUUGACACCGACCAGUGUUCCAGCAUUAGGAGUGAGGGAUCUUUCAUCCAGCCACCAGACUUCACUCCUGACUCCUCAUCUCUCAGCGGGCCACAGACUUUUAUGCCGGUGUUUCAGGCACCCUUGCCACUGCUUCAACCUGCGACGCAACAGCACCCAGCCCCGUUGCCUGCAGUGCCUCUGAAUUCCAACUUAAGCUCUUCACCAGCUGCAUUUGCUGCACCAGAAGCCCCGAAGUCUGGCCUCUGUGAAUCUACAGUUAUCACCCACACAGCUUCUGCGACAUUGACCCACAAUGCCCCUGCCACCACCUUUAGCCAGAGCCAAAACUACAUCCUGGCAACGCAGCAGCCGGGUGCAGGAGUGCCUUGUAACCUGGCUUUCCAGACUGCUGUCCUGCAGGGCCAGCCCCGGCCCCAGCUGCAGUCCCAGCUGACAUUUGCACUCCCCAAAGCUCUUCCUCUGGCCAGCACUGGGACAAGGCCCAAACAGUCACAGAAAAGAGUGCCUGCUCCGAAGCCUGAAACAGUGUCCUUAUUGGUAAAGAAUGCCUUCAUCACCCCAGCUGCCUUUCAGGGACAGUCCAGAGCUGUGAUUGUAACUCCAGCAGCACCUUUAAAAAGAGAGGGGAUUUUGACGCCAGCCACGUCUCAGUCUAAUGUUGCAAUUGCACCAGCUGGAAUUGUCAGAGCUCCCGGGGUGACGGAGUUCCGUAGUAACAUUCUGGUUGGUCCAGCACAGCGAGCACCAAGUAGUCAACAAACCCAGUCCACAGUCUCACAUCUCUUCUCUCCUAAUGUAGUCCAGGAUGCGUUGGUGAAAGGGGAGAAAAUGUCUUCCCACAGUAGCAGUUCACAAGUUCCCUCACCUACACCUAGCCGAGACUGUAAGAAUUCAGGCCAAGCUUCCCCCUGCACCUCUGAGCAGAGCCCCAGUCCACAGUCUCCCCAGAACAGCUGCUCAGGAAAACCUGCCACUGACCCCACUAUGACUGCUUUUAAGAACCGGCAAAUGAAGCAUAUUUCAGAACAAAAACGAAGGUUUAAUAUCAAGAUUGGUUUUGAUGCUCUGGUCAACUUGGUUUCACCCAACUCCACAUUGAUCAGCCAUGCACUCACGCUCCAGAAAACAGUAGAAUAUAUCGCUAAACUACAGCAGGAAAGAGCCCAGAUGCAAGAGGAAACCAGGCGCCUUCGGGAAGAAAUCGAGGAGCUGAAUGCCACCAUCAUUUCGUGUCAACAGCAGCUCCCUGCUACCGGGGUUCUCAUCACACGACAAAGAUUUGACCACCUGAGGAGUAUGUUUGAUGAGUAUGUGAGAACCAGGACGCUGCAGAAUUGGAAGUUUUGGAUUUUCAGCAUUAUUAUUAAGCCAUUGUUUGAGUCGUUCAAUGGGAUGGUUUCCACAUCGAGCUUUAAGGAUCUGAAUCAAACUGCAAUGGCCUGGUUGGAUCAGCAUUGUUCUCUUCCUGUUCUGAGGCCAAUGGUGCUGAACACCCUUCUGGAUCUCAGUAAAACCACCUCGAUUCUGUCAGAUCCAUCGCUCCUGCCCGAGCAAGCUGCGGAGGCCGUUAACAAGAUGAACACAACAGACGGUGACACCUAACAACCAAAGACGAUGGGUUGCUUCUACAAGGGGUGGAGAAUCGGCCAGCCCAGCCGCCUGGCGAGUCUCCGGUCAGUUGGUGCACUUUAUAAAGAAUUCUCUCCAUCACCCGAGACAUUGUUGAGGGCACCUGGCUCUGCCUUCAGAAUGUGUGCAACUAUGAUGCAACGUUGUCAAAACGUUUUGAUUCCUCUUCAGUGCUGUGCUGUACUCCAUUAAGUGAGAAAACACCAAGCUCAGGUAAAUUCAGCAGGUUUGAUUCCUGCGGGCAGCAAUAUAUCUCCAUCAAUGCAGCAUACAUCUAUAUGCAACAAAUGUAUUUCUACGAAACAGCUUCAAGUACGAAGUUCUCUGAAGUGUAAAUCUUGUAUACCAAGGAAUGUUCUCUUAAAGGGGAAAUAUACUUUCGAUUUUGUGAAACAAAAUGUGCUUUUUAUUUUGUUUUCUGGUAUUGAGUUCCAUUUGUUUUACUUGAAUAGUGAAAAUUGUUAAACAGGAUCAUAUUAAAAACCAAAGGAGAAGAAAAAUCUGUCAAUAAUGUCAACUCGUGACAAAAAUACUAGAAUUAAAAUCUCAGGCUCUGUUUUGUGUAUUUUUAUUUGAAUGAGUGUAUCAUUGCAUAUGAGCAGUCUCAAGACAUGCUUUAUUUUUGAGCAAAUAAAGUAGCUGAUUUUUAUUAUUUUUUCCUGAUACAGCCAUUGCAAGUGAGUAGCAGGCUCUGCAGUAAGUGCAAGAAAGGGGUUUGAGGUUGUGCAGUUGAGAUAGCUACAUGAAUUUCCUAUGCAUUUAAUCUGGGAACUGUUUUCUUGCACUCAGCAGAGUUCAGCUGCCUUCAUGAAACAUGUGCAUAUAAAAACAUCCACAGGUAAAUGUAGUAGCACUUCAGAGACAAGAGUUGGGGUUGUAAUGUUAAGAAACGGGGUUUUUUGUGAUCUCAGAAACUGUAUCAAAGCACAUGGACUUGUAGUCAAUUCUUUGCUGCUUCAUCUUUUUUGCUUGUUCUUUUUUGCCUUCUGCCUGAAAAACCUGAAACCCUAGCUAAAUUUGGUCUGUAUGUGAAGGUUGUGUUCAACAUGAAUUAUAAAACAUGUAAGAAUGUUUAUGUUUCAAAUCCAAAAUACUGCAGAACACUUUUCUAUGACUGUCUGAGCAAGUACUAUGCUCUGCUGCAGAUUAACCUAAGUCUCAUUACAGCGGUGACAGCACUGGGAUAUUCAUUCUGGCUGAUUGUUCGUAGUCUGGAAUGAUCCUGUGACUCUUGUAGUUCCACUCAUUACUUGAUUCUGAUUCUUAAGAGCUAUGCAAACUGUGAGUAACGGUUCCCUGGUACCUCCCCUGAGAAGUUUUCUUCCAGUUUGAAAAGCAGCCUGUCUGGAGGGGAUUAGGUGGCUAUCACAGCGCUAAAAGGAGGAGCAGCUGAAACAUUUGGGCAUCGCACAUGCUGAAGUGGGGUCGGUAGGUUCUCCAUCGUUUUCCUCUGAGUUGCCCCCAGUCUUCUCCACUUGCUGGGCCAAAAGAAAGCGAGGUUUGGGGAGUGGGACUAAGCACAGGGAGUAUUUUUCUUUCUCUUUGUGCUGGGAUUUUGCAGCUCAUGGCUUUCAUUGCAGAGCUCCCCCACGUGUGAGCAGGACUGUAGGGAGAAGAACAGUGAAAGGUGAAUCCCAGAGCCCUCCCCUGAGCAGAGGUACUGGGUGCACAGUGGAAUGGAGCCCAAGGGGAACCUGAAAUGGCAUGAGCCAAGUACCACAAGCCUUUCUGUAGCUGUGCAGACAAAUGAGAUGGGUUUUAUUGUGUUUUUGUUUUUUACAGUAGAUCUGAGAUAUCAUUUGAAGUUUGUGGCACAUGUGAAAACCUGUGUCCCUGUGACAGAACCAACAAAAACCCAGGGCUCAGCUAAGGAAUGGUUUGUUGAAAUAGCAAACACAGGUUGUCUUUGUCAUAGUAAUGAAAAGGUUGAGUAGAUUUUCUGUGGGGAUCUGUAUCUACGUCUUUCGUACAUAAUGUUGUAAUCAAUCACAAAAUGUUCUUUGGGAUGCAUCUGCAUAAAAAGUGUUGAAUAAGCGUAAAUUCUUUUUAAAUCAGUGCUUUAAAUCAUCCCAUUUUUAUCAUUGAUUGUGAACUUGAUACCAGCGAAGUCAUUUAGCACUGUGAUUAGCUGGGGAGUGUCCCUCAACUUUUUCUUUGCUGGGCUGUCUCAUUGAGAUGCAUAGAUAUCUACAUGCAUAUUUGAAUGUUAAAAACACGUAUCCAGUUUUCUAGAAAGAAAUCAGUAGGCAAAUUGUCCAAGAAAAGACCCACUUGUAUUUUUGCUGUGCUUUUCAGAUGGGCAGAUUCUGUCAUGCCUCCCCUGCAGUGUGGUCUCCUGCUUGUCAGGCAGCAAUCGGGCUUGAUUUUUACCAUCACUCGUAUCAACGACGUUCGAGUUUUGUCUCAACAAGUCAAGCUCACUACAAGCAGAUUUCAAAGCCCAGGGAAGUCUGAUGGUUUCUAAGCUUAAAUCGGAGCGUCUCAGGUCUCACUGAAUGGAUUGGAAGCUGAAAAGGACCUUAAAGGAAUAGGAAGAGGGGGUGUGACUGAACUGCUAAAGAUUUUGUCCAUUAACGGUUUUUAUCUGAAUGUGGAGGAAAAAACCGACAUCCCGGUUGCACCACGAGCUGGUUGCAAUUGGAGGAAAAGUGCUUAUUUCAAUAACUUGUGGUGGAGAAGCAAGCUCAUGGCACUAUUAAAAGACUGCAAAUCUUAGAUAGUAAAGAGAAAAAAAUGAAGUAAAAGAUCGCUUACUUAGACAAGGGUGUGGGAGGGAGGGAAAGAAAAGUGAAAAGAGCCUUUCCACGUACUGCAAUUACCAGAAAUGAUGCGGCUGCUCUUUGAAGCAGUGAUUCAGUGCAUUUUGUCACCUUGUUAUUGCAAAUCAGAAUCUUUUUCUUUUGUCAGUUAACCUUGUGAGGGGUGUGAUUUCACUUCAUUUGGAAACGCAGCAGGAAAAAGCUGGUUUGUGUCUCACAUCUGCACAAUAGAACUACUGAGGAUUGGUACACAAAGAGGUUGACCACGUAUGUAUUAAUUCCUGCAUAGACUUCCACGUUGGUUUAUAUUUGAACUCCUUACUCUGUCUUUUUUACCCAUUGAGGAGUCUAAAUACUGUAUUUAUUAAAAAAAAACCCAAAAAGUUUAAUGCUUUCUCUGCUAAUUUAAGUGAUCUAAUUUCCUCUGUCACCAAAGUAUACUUAAACAAGCGAAACACACAGUGCCUAUAGUCUACACAGAAUACAGAUGAUGCACGUCUGUCUUCAGUGAACUGGUGCUAAAUUUUUAACGAAUCCCCAUAUAGUUGAAUACAAGUGAUAUUCAGUCAAAUCAGACAUAUUUCACUCAAUAAAGGAAUGGCUAGAUAAAAUAUUUAUGGCCUGUGAUCCGCACAACGUCAAACUGGGAUUGUCUAGUGGUGCCUCCUGACCUUGGAUUCUGUUAAUCAGUGUGUUGUAGAUGGUGCCCACCUCAAAACACAAGUUGUGGAGAACUUUUGCAUUAUCUGGUGUAGUAAUCGGGCUCGUAUGACGCUCCCUGUUAGCAGAGGAAUAGGUGGUGAAAGUCCAGGAGCAAAUUAGAAGUGAAGGAAUUAACGAGCAGUAGGAGCAGAGUCAAGCGCACGCUUCACCAGUCUGAUCUCUGCACGAAACCAAAGGAUUCUUCAUUAACACAAUUUGAUCCGAUUGGCAUGUUUUUCCAUGCUUUCUUAGACCCCUCGGGAAGCUUUCCAUGAAGGGAGGCUGCCUAGAAUGUUUCCAUCUGUGCCUUAGCUCUUGGUGUUGUGUAUGCACUUGAUUUACCUGAAGUCAGACAUUCUUCCUCUUAAUACAAUGCUGUGUGGAAAACCCAGUGAAUCGAGCCAGUGGGGCUUCGCUGGGUUUUAAGAGGAUUUUACGUGAUUGGCAUUACUCUGUCCUUUUGAAACCGAGGUUGCAAAAAAUUGUGUGAAUGGGAAAAAAUGUGUCUUUCCCCCGACUUCCCCGCUGCGUACACAGGCACAUGUGCACACACGGUCAUACCAGAAGCUUGACAGAAACCCAGUAAAUAUGAAAAUGCUUAAAUCUCUAAAUCUGAAAUGGCUUCAAAAGACAAAGGGCUGUCAAAUUGUGUUGAAAAAUAGCGUCCCUUUACUUUGUAUCUUCAGGGGUUUUUACAUUCCCUUGAGAGCGUAUGUGUGUAUGCGAGUGUGGUAGAGGUGACAGGGACAGGGAAAUUUUAUUUUGUUUGCUUUUAAAGCCUCAAACUCCUGAAGAGCAGUUUGAGCCCCGGAGAGGGAAGCUCACUGCAGAAACAUUCAGUAAGAUAAUGCUUAUGUAGUACACAUUAUUUGAAAGCUAUUUUGCUUUCUGUGUUUCUGGACUGGAUAAUUCUUGCCUUGAUGUUGCCAACUAGAAGAUGCUGCUGAAAAUGGAAUGGGUUGUUAACUAUUUUGACCUAUCUUUUUUUUUUACUCUUUUGGUUUCUUUCCACCUUUACUGCAUGGAAAAACACCCCAAAUCAAAAGGCUGAUGAUACCUGGGUUAGGUGCUGUGGGGAUUCAGUCAUACCGGUCUUGGAGGACUAUGGACAGCUGUUGAUGACUUUUAGGAGGUUUUUUGCUUAGGUGAGACAACAGGAGUUCUCCUGUUAUUCCUGCUCAAUUUAAACACUUGAGUUUCAGAGGAGUUUGUGUUGUUGUUUGUUUUUUCUUUUAUAGGACCCCAAUAUUGUUCCCACAACAUCAGUUAAGGCCUCAAGUUUCCUUUUGUUUCAUUCUCAGUUGGAUUUCAUGCUGGUUAACUGUGUUAGAGCAGAAGUGGUAGUACCGAAUUGUAGGUUGAUCCAUAAAAUUUGAUUCAGUUUCAUGGAAACACAUCUUAGGUAUAUAAUAGAAUUACUUUCUAGCCAUUAUCUGAACUGCUUUUAUAUCUGAACUUUUCCAAAGUGAAUAAGGUUUCAAAUCAAAAGAUAUCAAUGUUAGGAGCGAGCCUUUUAAUUAACAGUACAGUGAAUACACUGCUCUUUUUCUUCUUCUAUCUUGUAUUUAAAUGUGUUUUAAGUGAAUGGAGUUCAUUCUUGUUAAAAAAACAAAGCUUGGAGGUAUGAGGAGUUCAGGUUGUGCUCUCGCUUUGCCUAGGUUUGCUGUUCCGUUGCAUGACACAACUUCUGUUGUGCUGUUGAUAUGUAGCACUUUUCAGUAGGUCUGUUAAAUUGUGCAAUGCAUUUUUUUAUAUUUACAACCAAAACAAUAAAGGUUAUUUUUUGGAAGAA